AUGACGCGCACGCUUCGGUCGAGUGCGCGGCUCGCGACCCUGCUGCCGCCGCCGCAGCACCGGCCGAAGCGCGGACGCGACGUGCUGACGCUGCUGCUCUCGUCGGAGGGCCACGAGCUCCUCGCAGACCUUCUGCUGCCGCAGCUCCUAACACAUCCAGAGUCGCUCGGCUGUUUAAGGAUGGUUUGCAGGCGGCUCUGCGCCUUUGUCGCGGCGCAGGGCGCGCUCUGGGGGCGGCUCUGCAGUGGCCUCAAGCUCACAACCGCGGCCCGCUCCGCGCUCGCGGGCAUAUCGCCGCACCUGCGCUACGCGCGCAGCCGCAACGCGAGCUUCGAGGCGCGCUACCUGCUGCUCGAGGCUCGGAGGGGAGGAGCCGGCCCGAGCCAUCGGAGCACGCGCGAAUGGUACGACCGUGUUCUGGCGGCGGUCGAAGCUGGGGCCGACGUGACGACCAGCGACAGGGACGCACAAAACUUGCUGCAUCUGGCCGCCACGUUUGGCGACGACGCGACGGCCCGGCUGCUGGUCGCGGCUGGGGCAGACGUCUUUGCGAGAGACCGGUUCGGCCGCGACUCUUUCUCCAAGGCGGGAGGACGCCAGGCGCUCCAGGACGGCUCUGCGGUCGCAGCGUUCCUGCACCGCGCUACCCUCGCCGCGAGCCUGCCGCGCGGUCCCGGGGACCAACUUGCGGGCUGA